GUUACUUCCGGGGCGUUACCGAGAAGCUGUAACGGAAGUGACGUAGCCGUGUGCCAGUCGGGUGAUGGAGCCGCAGCAGCAGCAGCAACAGCAGCAGCAGCUGAGAAACUUACGGGACUUCCUGUUGGUCUACAAUCGGAUGACGGAACUCUGCUUCCAGCGCUGCGUGCCCAGCCUGCACUACCGAGCUCUGGAUGCCGAGGAGGAGGCAUGUCUGCACAGCUGUGCUGGGAAGCUGAUCCAUUCCAACCACCGCCUCAUGGCCGCUUACGUGCAGCUUAUGCCUGCCCUGGUACAGCGCCGCAUCGCAGACUACGAGGCUGCCUCAGCUGUGCCAGGUGUUGCUGCUGAACAGCCCGGAACCUCGCCAUCAGGCAGUUAGCCAUCCCCAACCCCAGGAAGGAAGGCGCUGUAUGGACCCUCAAAUUGAAGGAGCCAGUAGACCUUGGGCUGGGCGCAGCCUGUAUAGGGAGAGUUGCUUGAGAGCUGGGUACCAUUGCUCCUUUUCCUGGAGCCAAUAAACCCGCUUUUACUCUGUUUUGUUUAUAUUCUGGGCAGAGAAGCUUUGUCCACUUUCUUGGGACCAUCCUUUGCUCUGUCACUUAGUGCAUAUCUGCUGGCUUGAGCCGUGGCAGCUGGGAAAUUGCCUUCUAUGUGUAGAAGGAAAACUUCAGCAUUCCCAGGCAGCUGGUUAAAGCAGGGUCUCUGGGUAUAGUUUUAAGCUUGAUAAUAGCAAUAACAAGUUGGUUUCUGGCCAGAUGACAGAGAAACAGGAGCUUUGUCUAGUUAUACUUAACUUAAAUCUGUCUGACUUAAAUGACCCACUUGUGAGCCAGGUAUGCGUUUCUUCAUAACUACAUUUUCAUAGACUAUGUCUUACAAGAAAGAAUUCUGCCAGAUUUAGGAGAAAGAGGUAAUAUCUAAGGACAACAGGUGAAGAAACCACAGGGCUCUCAGGCACUACCUUCUGGGAAGUCAGUAGCCCCAGAAGAGAGGUGAAACCUAUAAGAAUUCUGGGGUGUUCUAGAACUUCAACCAUUUCUUCAAGUUGUUACCUUCUUACUAUUUUCUGUCUUCCCUGGAUGAGCAGUAAAACCUUUAAACAAAGGUCUGUGUGCUUGUCUUCAGGGGCAGUCAGAAAGGGGAAAACUUGGGGGGCUGUAUUCUGCAAUACAGUCAGACUUGAGGGAGAGAAACCCAAGGGAGAAGUGAUGGUGAUUAUGGGGAAAAAAGGGUAAAGAGAAAUCUUCGGGACCUCUUUAAUGUUACUUCAAUGUCUCACUGCUUGUCUGUAAUCUCCUAAUUCCAGCUCUCCUACCCUCUACCCCACAUUGUUCCCACUGUACCAAUUCUGUGGUGUCUAAUUCCAGCUUCUCUUUCUUUCCUCACUAUUGGUCCCCUUGUGGAAUUAACUUCUGUAUUCAGCAGUCUGAAUGGCACUCCAUCACCGCAUUUUCUUGUCCCCCUUGUGUCCUCUUUGUGUCAUUUCAGCUGUGUUAUUUUUUCUACUUCUCCAUUCAAACUGUUAGAGAAAAACACAGCUGUCUAAUGAAUGCCUCUAAAUAUUCAAGGUCCCCAACUUCAACCAAGCCCUCGCUACCAACAAGCAAAUCUGUAUGGGUUCCUGGUCCACUCCCUCCUAAUCCCCUGGCAGUUAUUUCACACCUUCACUGAUCUCCUUAAUCUUCCACUUCACCCUCAACUAGCCCCCAUCAGGUGACCAGGUUUCAUUUUUUACAGAGGAAGUGAAGGCUCUUAGACAUUAGUUCCCAGAAUAACAAAAAGCUCCGUACAACCACCUGCAAAGCAGAUCUUCUCUCCCUUGUACAGAUCAGAAAGUUGAAAUUCUCUAGUAGCAGACCCUGUAUUAAAAUGCAGAUCUGACUUUAAAAUCCAUCUUCUUUUUACUAUACCAGGCUGCCUCUCAAAAUAAUACCUGUUGAACACCCACUUUUUUAGGUUCUGAUGUUGGUAUAUGUCAUGCUUUAUCUUAGUUCAUCUUUAUAUUAAAACUACAAGUAAGAGUAUUAUCCCCACUUAACAGAUAAGGAAGCAAGAAUCCAGAAUGUAUCAGAAGCUCAUCUUCAACACAGUUACCCAUUGAGAAAAGUGGCUCCAGUCAGCGUUUUGCCUCUUUAGCUGCUACCUCUUGAAGAGAAAAGUUUGUUAGGAACAUAAAAGUUGUGGACCAGGAACUUCCCUAUUGAGUGUCUUCUUGUCUACGCAAUAAAAUUCUGUCCUUGGAAAGUAUAAAUGCAAGUAAAACUUCUUGUGAACUUCCCACUUCCCACUUCCCAGAGAUGGGAGUGAGACCCUGGGAUGUUGUGCUGCUGGUGGGAGGGUUCUUCCACAUUAACAUUUGUGUGUAUCCUUGCAAUAAACUUCCAUUGUGAAUUUA